CAAAAGCGGGCACUCGAUAAUGUGCAGUCGUCGUAGUCAAACGCAGAAUAUACGAGCGCGCAGUCGAACACCAUUUAACCGUUACAGUUAGUUUGCUAUCGUGCGUUUUGUUUUGAUCGCGCUCUUCCCUUGAAGAAUUGUAGCUGAUUUUUUUUUUUUGUUCUCAUAACGUGACAAAUACGUUUGUGUGUGCGUGUGUUGUGUGUGCUUGCAACAUUUUUACCUGAAUAUGCGAAAGUCUGCAAAAUGCUUGAAUCCCAAGUGUAUUAGUCAUGAUCGCGAACGCUCGUUGCCGCAAUUUUGAAUCAUCCGACAGGCCCCCUGCCCCCUGCCCCCUGCCCCUUACUCAAUGCGCUCAGCAUUCGUGAAUAACCCGGCGGCAACAGCGAGCGCAAAUCGUUAACUGUUUACAUUGCUCAGAGCUGGCUUAAGUUCAGUUCAGUUCAGUUCAGUUCAGUUUAGUUCACCUGAGCGAAGUUUGGCUCAGUUAUUACUCAUAAGCACCUGAACGCGCCUGGGCUCUGACUCUGACUUUGAGACGCAAAGCAGCGAAAUUUGCUCUCUAACAGCUGCGAUUACGUGAAAUAAUAAACAAACCGAUGUCUGAUAAGGACAGCGGGUCGACUAAAUUCGUGAUUUGUGAUUUGCUAACGAUCCAGUGAUCGGUGAUCGGUGAUCGGUGAUCGGUGAUCAGUGAUCAGUGAUCGGCCUUCGGAUCGUGAAUGCCAGCACAGCUGGGACAAGCUGUCUGUCUACUCGGCUAACCCGCAAGCCAUACCAAUCGCAUGUGCCACACCAGAGUGCCAGCAUGAAUGACGACACAACUGCGAGUCCGAGCCUGGGCUAUGGCGAUAAUGAUAUGCUGUCUGCGGCACCGACGGGUCCAGCGAGCGGCCUGGAUGCUGUCGACGAAAGCGGCUUCUCGCAAUCGCUGUUGACCUUUGCGGCGAUCAUGACCUUUCUGAUCAUGAUCGUCGGCAUUUGCGGCAACUUUCUAACCGUUGUCGCGCUCCUCAAGUGCCCCAAGGUGCGCAAUGUGGCCGCCGCCUUUAUCAUCAGCCUCUGCAUAGCGGAUCUGCUAUUCUGCGCCCUGGUGCUGCCCUUUCAGGGUCUGCGCUUUGUCCAGGGCACCUGGCGGCAUGGCCCGGUGCUCUGCCGGCUCAUCCCGUUCAUUCAGUACGGCAAUAUUGGGGUCUCGCUGCUGUGCAUCGCGAUGAUCACGAUCAAUCGGUACGUGAUGAUCACCCACCAUGGCUGCUAUGCACGGAUCUAUAAGCGCCACUGGAUCGCGAUCAUGAUCGCCGCCUGCUGGCUGGUCUCCUACGGAAUGCAGCUGCCGACGCUGCUUGGGGCGUGGGGUCGCUUCGGCUACGAUGCCCGCCUGCAGACGUGCUCCAUAAUGAGCGACGCCCAUGGGCACAGCAGCAAGACGACGCUGUUCAUAACGGCGUUCGUGAUACCCUGCCUGGUGAUCAUAGCCUGCUAUGCGAAAAUCUUCUGGGUGGUCCACAAGUCCGAGCAGCGGCUCAAGCGGCAUGCCAACAAACAGAACUCCAUACCCAACAAUUUGCGGCCAGUGGCAGGUACGGCCGCGUCUCCCACGGGCCAGGAUGCCCAAGUGCAGCCGGCGGCCAGUCGUGUGUCCACCGACAGCAGCAGCAGCUACUCGACGGAUGUGCCCGAGGCGAUCGCAGCUGUGGGCAAGCAGCCGCCGCAGUCGCGGGUCAAGGAUCAGCGGGAGGUGCGCGCCAAGCGCAACGAAUGGCGCAUUACCAAAAUGGUGUUGGCCAUAUUCUUGUCGUUCGUCAUCUGCUAUCUGCCCAUCACGAUUGUUAAGGUGGCCGACAAGGAUGUGGAGCAUCCCAGCCUGCACAUCUUCAGCUACAUCAUGCUCUAUCUGUCCGCCUGCAUCAAUCCGAUCAUCUAUGUGAUCAUGAACAAGCAAUAUCGCAAGGCCUACAAAACGGUCGUCCUCUGCCAGCCGGCACGCCUCCUGCUGCCCUUCGGCAAGACGAACGGGGCCAGCAGCGCCGCAGAGAAAUGGAAAGAUACCGGAUUGAGCAACAACCACAGCCGCACCCUUGUCUCCCAGAUGUCCGCCGGCGCAGCAGCAUCAGCAGCGGCGGCGGCGGCGGCUGCAGCGGCGGCGUCGUCGUCGUCGUCGUCGGCGACGCCCACAUCCGACUGCCAGUCCUUGCCGACGCCCAAAGCGGCGCCUCAGUCACUGGAGCUGAUGUCCCGAUGUCCAGAUCUAAUAAAUCGAACGAAUCAGCCGCCAUUGGUUACGCCCCCGCCGCCAUCGGUAACGGUGGCAACGCCUCAACCGAGCAGCACCAGCAGCAGCAGCGGCAGCCGGCUGCCGCUCAAGAGGAGCAAUCACUCCUACAUCAACAACGGCUUCAACAGCAGCAGCGGGCACAGCCUGAACAGCGCCGUUUAUCGGCCCGCAGCUGGCUCCCCGGCGUCGGCGUCGGUGGCGCCACUGCGUCGCAUCACCAUGGUGGGGGACGACAUCAUACUGGAGGAGGAGGAGCUGCCCGCAAUGCCCAGUCCGACAACGACGACAACGGCGCUGUCAGUCAGCAAAGUAACCAAAUCUCCCAUCUACAUGAACGUCAACAGUCCGAAGAGAAACCAAUCUUAUAGCGACAAGGCCACAGUCAAGGAUGCACUGCAGCAGGCAUCGGUCCCAUCCGACCAGGUCAAGGAUCAGCAGGAUGCUAGCAAAGUGCCCACAAAGUUUCCAAAUCCAAAAGACUAACGAAAUGCUUUAAUUCCAAAUAUCGUAACUGUUACAUUCCCAGACUCCCCCCCCACACCCAUCCCCCACCAUUCCUCCACUACGUACGUUAUAUAUAGUAUAUCGUACAUAUCGUUAAGCAUAUAUCGUAUAUUCAAUAUCAACUACGGCAUAUUUACAUAUAUGCAUAUAUAUUUCACAAACAAACAGUAUACUGUGCUCUCAAUAUCGUUUACGGUAUGUGUAUACAUAUAUGUAUGUCGUUUAUAUAGUAUAACAUGUGUUUUGUAAAUUAUAUAUCGUGUUUGUAAUAACGUUUACGAUAAGCCGAAUACUCUAUAUUGAUUACGUUUAUACAGAUAUGUAUAUCGUUUUCGAUGUAUCUACUUAUAUCGUAAAUGGUACACAUUCGUUAUCGUAAACUGUAUAUUGUACUCUGCAUACCGAUAUGUGAAUCGUAAAUGGUAGCUUGCACACGAUAUAUGAAUACAUGUAUAUGUAUCGUAAACGGUAUAACAAGUACUCAGUCCCGUUUAAAUGCAUAUUUGCAUAUUAUAUCGUAAAUGGCAGUCCAUAUAUUUUCUGUACACAUACAAAUAUCGUUAAUGGUUUAUUGUGCUCCCAAUAUCGUUUGUGGCGGCACAUUCAUACAUAUAUCGUAUCGUAAUCGUAACCUACUUAUAGAUAUUUAUCGUUGUCUGCACUUAGUAUUAACCAGUCUAUCUCUAAAUCCCCCAAGCUCAAACUGUAAAUGUUGAUCAAUUCUUAAAAUCGUUAUGUUAUCGAUAUACAUAACUAUCGUUAAAGUCCGUAGCCGUAUGUCUGAUAUAAGCAAGGCAUCAAACCCAUUUUAAAAAAAUAUCUCGAAUUAUGAUUCAUUUCUUGAACAUAUUUUCGAAUCGAAAAACUGAUUUGUAAUUAAUAGCAAUUUUGCUUUAUAAGAACUUUAGUUUUGUACAUUUCAUCAAACAUGUUUGGCCACUGUUAACAGCUCAUGUUAAAGUUAUUAUGUUAUGCUCCCGUGUUACAGUUAUGGGCAAGGAACACUCAAUUGUCGAUCACCUUCGACUAGAGCUUAUUUAAUUAUUUUUAUAUAUUUUCUAAAAUAUUAUUUAUAAAAUUGUAAACUAUUCUCUUUUUUUUUUUUUGUAACAAUCAUGUUGAGCUCCGAUCGGUAGGGGUCUGUUGCGGACCUUGACCUCAUUUGAUAGCCAGAUUGUUAACCCAUAUAGUAUGCCAUAAAACAUUCCAUAUAUGUAUUUAUAUAUAAACUAUAUCUGUAGCACUGACUAUAUAUGUUUGUUUGUACCUAUCAUAGAUCGCUCGCACAUAUUUCAAUUUUAUAUGGGCUGCACUGUAAAGCAAUCGAAUAUACAAUAAUACUAAUACAAAACAUUUCUAUGCGUUCAGUAAA